CUUAACCGCCCCAAACGGCAAGAACUUCCCGGGCAGGCUCCAGAGCGCCAGGCCUGGACUAUGGAGCAGAGGGGCACGCUCUCCUGGGCAUGCUGCCUGCUGAGCACCUUGUAUUUCUGUUCUGCCUUUGUUCUCCCAGUCGGGAACUCUGCCCCUGCGGCCCGAAUUCAGGACCCUGCGGUGGGACAGUUUUGGCAUGUGACUGACUUACAUCUGGACCCUACGUACCAUAUCACUGAGGACCGUACAAAAGUAUGCUCAUCAUCCAAGGGGGCAAAUGCCUCCAACCCUGGUCCUUUUGGAGAUUUUCUAUGUGACUCUCCAUACCAGCUCAUUUUAUCAGCAUUUAAUUUCAUUAAGAGUUCUGGACAACAAGCAUCUUUCAUGAUAUGGACUGGGGAUAGCCCUCCUCAUGUUCCAGUAAAGGAACUCUCCACGGAUGUAGUAAUAAACGUCAUUGGCAAUAUGACAACCACCAUCCAAAGCCUCUUUCCCAAUUUACAGGUUUUCCCUGCUUUGGGCAAUCAUGACUACUGGCCUCAGGACCAACUGCCUAUAUCGACUAGCAAAGUAUAUGAAGCUGUAGCGAACUUCUGGAAACCAUGGUUAACUGAGGAAGCCAUCCAUACUUUGAGGACAGGUGGCUUUUAUUCACAGAUCGUUCCAUCCCAUCUGAGCCAUCAGUCCCUCAGGAUCAUCAGUCUAAACACAAACUUGUACUACAGCCCCAACAAUGUCACUCUUAACGAGACUGACCCAGCAAAUCAGUUUGAGUGGCUGGAGAAUACGCUAAACAACUCUCGGCAAAAUAAAGAAAAGGUGUAUGUGAUAGCACAUGUACCAGUGGGAUAUCUACCAUCUGCAAGGAAUACUACUGCUAUGAGAGAUUAUUGCAAUGAGAAACUGAUUGGUAUUUUCCAAAAGUACAGUGACAUUAUUGCAGGACAAUUUUAUGGACACACUCACAGGGAUAGCAUUAUGGUCCUUUCAGACAGAAAAGGAAAUCCAGUCAGUUCCUUGUUUGUGGCUCCUGCUGUGACACCAGUGAAGAAUGUUAAAGAAAAGCAAACCAAUAACCCCGCAGUCAGACUGUUUCAAUAUGAUGUUCAUAAUUAUCGAUUGCUGGAUACUUGGCAGUAUUAUUUAAACCUCACAGAGGCUAACAUGAAAGAAGAACCCAGCUGGAAAUUGGAGUACAUCCUGACAAAGGCUUAUGGCAUUGAAGACUUGCGGCCAAAAAAUUUAUAUGGGUUAGCUAAGCAAUUUGCAGUUCUAGAUAGUAAACAGUUCUUAACAUACUACAAGUACUUCUUUGUGAGUUAUGACAGCAAUAUAAUUUGCAAUAGAAAAUGUAAGACCCACCAGAUUUGUGCAAUUAUGAAUCUUGACCAGGCAUCCUAUACAGACUGCCUCAAGCAGUAUGACCUCCAGCACAGGCAGUAGUUACUUCUCCAUUAAAAUUUUUCAAAAAAUAGAAAAUGUUCUAUUUCUCAUUGAUCUAUUUAUGGGAAUUCAUGUAAAUUAUUUUGUGAAUUACUAUGUCAGUUAAAGGGAAGUCUUUUCCCCUUUAAUUAUUCCCAAUUUUACAUAUUUGUUUAACAUUCUGAUUUUUCAAUACCGUUGAACAAUGUUUAUGCAGGCCUUUAUUCAGUGACUUUUGGAUAUGAAUUCUCAUUUCCUUGGCUGUGUAAUUAUUUCCAAACUAGAGAAACUCGUCAUUUACAUAGGGGAGAAAAUGACCACUUGUUGAGUGAAGCCACAUGACUUACUUUAGUGUCUUUCAAUUCAGGUAUUAUAAAUAAUCUUGCCAUGCAAAAAAAUUGAAAAACUGGAUAAUGCAGGAUUUGAUAAAGUUGCUUAAGUCAGAUUCUAAAGCACUUGCCUGCAAAAUGGAGGUGCGAAAUCCAGUUUCAUCUUUACAUGUGGUUGGCCUUAGGUAAAGACACUGAAUCUAUUUGUGCCAGUUUCUCCAUUGUAACCAUAUCCUAUGAUAAUUUGGUAUGAAAUCCAAUUCACUUCAUCCUAUAUGGGAAGUAGAGCCAUGUGUGGCAUUUUUGUGUUUGGGGACUGGAGGAAAGAAUUUUAUCUAUACUUCUUCCAUCCUCACCACACCCCAGUGUACCAACUCUAUGCAUGUUAGAAUUUUGGGGAAAGAAAGGCUCUCAAAGGGAUUGUGUUGGGAACAGAAUGAGAUCUCAUAUGAGAAGAGAAAAAAAAUUGUGGGUGGGGGUAUAUUUACCUGUAUUCCCUUAAUUAGACCACAGGUUACUGCCUUAUUUAAUAUUUUCUUCUCUUGUUGGGUAUAGUUUUACCUGAAAGGGAAUGAGGGUAGGGAAGACUGAUCUAAUUUCUUUUCAGGGCCAUGAGAAAGCCAAGCCAGUACCUUUAUAACAACCAAAGAGAAUUAUAUUCAAGCAUCUAUAAAGUCUUAACUUCAUGGGUUAAGAAGUUCUAUAAAUACAAGAUGUUCUUACAGUAAAACAAAGUUAUCAUGAUUUCUAUAGGACUGAGAAAAUAAAAGUUGUAAGCUGGAUACAAUAAAUACAGAAAACACUGCACUUUCUACUCAUUAAGUAACAUUUUUGUUUUACUGUGGUUUUUUAAAAGUGAAAUUUAUUGUGUUUUGAAAUGAGAAUGCUGAAAAAUAUUUCAUUCUAAUAAUCUGUAUAUAUACCAUGGGUUAAUCACUUUAUAUAUGCCUCCAGCUGUAAAAAGUGGCAUUCAGAUGUUGUGAAAUAUUGCUUUUAUUACUGAAUGAUGGUAUUCUGAUAUUAUGAAUGUACCAACUACUUUAUAAACUGUUUUUAUUUCCACUAUGAAAAUUGAAAUAUGCAAUUUAAAUAAAUUGUUGUAGAAGAUCUAGGACCAUUUUGAUUAGCACUUAGAUGAUUUUUGCAUUCUUAAAGAGCAGUUGGCAAUCAUAGUGCCUGUUUUUAUUGUCCAUUUCAGGUUGUGUCCAAAUACACAAUAAACUAUAAUAUGUCCGCAAUAA